UGACGGCAUCUGCUCUGCUCCCAUCUUCAAAGGGCAUCUCUACUACCAAUAUGGCUGUUUAUUUGGCGUGCCAUGUAUUACCAGCAGUGGGGGCUCUUUCUGGACCACUAAGAAUUGCCCAAAUAAAUCCUCUGCCAACGUAAGAGCCGAGAUCGGGGUCGCGCAGCAAACACUUAUUAGUACUACCUACCUAACAAAGAGCUGCGCUUAUCGUCGUCUUGAGAUUCGGCACAAGUUUCGCUGGGACGCUUUGGGCCAAAAAGUUGGACUUUGCGCACCCCGCAGGUGGAUUGAACGUUGACAAUUCGCAUCUCUCACCAGCCCAACGACAACAGCUACAGGCAUUGGCAGAGACAGCUGGAUUGAAUCGCUUCGACGUCAAUCGACUUCUGCACGCCAUGUCCGCUUCUUUGCCUGGGUCGCGGGACCUGCCUUCGUCCCAGUAUGACCUGUCAACAUACUAUGGACGUGUGAGACACACGAUGAGCAUCACGGAUCCAAGCACCCUGCUUGCUGGUUCGAAAGGACUCGAGAAUGCCAAAAGACUUGUCACAGAGUAUAAGACUGGAAAACUGCAACACAUGACACCAGAACUAUGGCACGCGAAGAAGAUUGUAGACUCGACUCUCCACCCCGACACCGGAGAACCAGUUUUCCUGCCUUUCCGAAUGUCCUGCUUCGUCCUAUCGAACCUGAUCGUCACGGCCGGCAUGCUACAGCCUGGUCUGGGAACAGCGGGCACAGUGGCAUGGCAGGUUGCCAACCAGUCCCUCAACGUUGCCAUCAACAGCUCGAACGCAAAUAAAUCCUCCCCGAUGACCACUGCGGAUCUUGCCAAGUCCUACGGCAUCGCCGUCACGGCCUCUUGCUCGGUGGCGCUCGGACUCAACGCCCUGGUGCCGAGAUUGAAGGUCUCCCCCAGCACACGAAACGUUCUGAGCAGACUUGUGCCCUUUGCCGCUGUCGCUACCGCCGGUGCCCUGAACGCUUACCUGAUGCGACGAGGAGAGAUCGUCACGGGCAUUGACGUUCGCCCUGUGCUCUCUGACGAGGAGAAGAAGAAACUGACCGAGGAAGGAAAAUCCGAGGCAGAUGUGCCUUCUUUGGGAAGGAGUCAGAAGGCAGCCAAGAUUGCAGUGUACGAAACUUCGGCCAGCCGUGUCAUUAACAACACACCUAUCAUGAUCAUCCCGGCUAUGACUCUCUACCACAUCCAGUUCAAGCAGGCUUGGUAUAAGAACUUGAUGGAGAAGGAGUGGAUCAAGGCUCGACCGCGAGUUGCCGCCUCAAUUCCCAUUGGUAUCAACUUGGGACUGAUUGCGGCUGUUGGAUUUGUGGCUCUUCCUCUGGCACUUGCAGUCUUCCCCCAGAAGCAGGAAAUCAGCGCCGACAGCCUGGAGCCUGAGUUCCAUGGCAAGGGAGGCAACGGUGGCAAGGUCUGGUUCAACCGUGGUCUGUAAAAGAACAUGGAAACACUCUGGACAAUAUAUAUGAUACCGCUUCUCGACAUGGAUUGGCGAGGAGAUGGGCGCUUUUCAAGCGCUUCGGCCGGGCUCGUUUAUUCGACGAUGAACCCGGCAAGCAUAAUGGUGACUUGUCCGACAAAUAUGAAAAUAUUACUUGGAUGGAUGCUUUAUUCAAGAAAUAUCUAACGGAGAAGUGGCUGGGCAAAGGCUUGGGAAGUCCCCGAGCAGACAGGUGUCACAGCCACUGGGUUGGGCUGAAGGAGAGGUGGCAUUGGUAGACAGCAGGAGGCUGAGCGCAUAGAAUUUAUGCCCAGACGUUUAUGCAAAGCUUCAUUUUUGCGUGGCAUUUGCUUUUCUUUAGACGAUAUAGUAGAUAGAAGACGGUACAGUAGAUAAAAGACCAUGACGAGCUAUGUUGAUGAAUUAGUCGAGGAAACGUCGCAUUGCAUUGCGUGUUGUCUGAGCGUGAACCGGGGAUUGAAG